AUGCCGCCACGGCGAAAGUCGCAGACGGGUGGAGCCAUGUCUGCAGCAUCUUUGAAAGGCCCAGCCGCUAGCGCAUUGUCUAAUAAGCGAAGUAGUCUUCAGGGUUCGAAGACAUCUCGCCUUGCUCCUUCAGUACCAUUCCAAAUGACAACGCGUCGCGGUGCAAAAGGCACAUCUAACCACACAAGCUCCGCGGGCCCAUCUAGCGCGAGCUCUGGCAGCCGUCGCAAUUCUCUGGAUGAGAACGCGCAAAACGAGGAUGCGACUGGCGACCAUGAGGAUGCGCGACCAGCCAAGCGCAGCCGAACAUCGUCCGAUUCUGGUUCGCCGCAAAGAUCUAAUGGCUCACUCGACAACAACAGCAACACGCCCAUGAAUGGCACACAAACCCCAGAGCUGCAGAAACCCGCCUCUGGCGCGACUUCGACGGCCCCUAAAACGGCUGGCAAAAAGAGGCGCGCAUCCGACGGCUCCACUCACUCGAGCAAAACACGCCCAAACAGUGUUCUGACCCGGGCCCAAAGCGAUGUUUCUGAGCAGCAACCGCGCAAAAAGCGCAAGACAAAAGAAACGGCUGCAGACACAGCCGCCGACCAGCCCCCUGAGUUGACUGAUGCUAGCACUGCCCCCAAUUCGCCAGAGCAUAUGCCCGAUGUUGAUGGCAGUCAAAGCCUGCACAACAUCCUGCCAACCAGUGGCGAUGCCCCUGCAAAGUCCAGCAGGCGCUUGCCUGGUCGCCGGCGCCAACCGCAUCCGGACAUCAAUGUGGAGACUGAUUUACGGCGACAGCUCAACCUGAAGAUGAGCUAUCGCAGUCUUGCAAAAGUCCAGAAACUUUUGCUCGAAGAGCUGGCCACCCGCACUACUAAGAAUUUGGAAGACGAUCCCGACUUUCAUAAAAAAUGUCCCGAGUACAAGGCCGUCAUGGCCCAACUUGACCAGCGCCGCGACGCGCGCCUGGAUCAGGUCAAUGCCAUGCGCACGUAUCGACUCGAGCAAAUGGAGCGAGUGCGUAUUGCUGAAGAGCAUAUUCAAAGAGAGCAGUACAUCAAUCGAUUCCGGGAAUUGCAAGACGACUUUGUGCUACAAAUCUACUUCCGCGCAAAGCAGCUGGAGCGGGAGAUGAAGGGCCAAGAUGCUAACGUGACUGAUGAUGAGGACAAUGUUCUCCCGCCUACGUAUAGCGAUGAGCCGCAUCAUGCAGAAGAUGACCGCAUUGGAUCCAAAUUUGCUUCACGCAGCAGAGCUUAUGUUGAGGCAGAUAGGGAGCUUGAGCACGAGUCGAUCCGUAAACGGUUCAGCCAUGCAAGAGCUACUUUUGUCGAAAAGGACGAAGAAGCCGACGACUCUAUAGAAGAUGUUGCCGGUGGAUUUGCGAGGUUUGACGGUCCAGAUCGCACGGAAGCUAUUGCACACUACAACAUCAACAGCCUAGCUGAUGCCGCAUACGAAGUCGAGAGAACACCGUCACCACAACCGGAAGAACCAAAGGCCGAGGUCAUUCCAAACGAGCAUGCUGCUCUACUCAUGAUGCUUGCAGACGUUUCUUCUAACCAGCCCCGGAAUAGCACUGUACUAAAACCACCCCUUCAUUACCCGCACCCACAACAGCAGCCACCUCCGCCAUCAAGAGCUAAGACGCCCGUGAUCAAACAGGAGUAUAUGAAAGAGAAGAUGCCCGAGAUGGCUCCAUCGGCAGGCCCACUAGGUAUACCAUCCCAUGCUGCACGUAGUACCCCUGCCGAAAGCACACAGCCAGCGGCAGAUUUCAGCUAUGAUAUUCGUCGCUCUGAACCAUCUGAAAAUACGCCUGCAAAAGAACCGGAGGUGCCAGCAAAGUCAACGCCGAGACUAUCUACGCACAGGAUCAUGGACAUAUUGAACGAUGACCGCGAAGUGCCUGUAUCGAGAACACGAGAACAGCAGCCACCAGCUCAGGAAAAGACUACUUCUUCAAAGCACGAGCCAUUGGCCCAUCGCCGCACAACGUCUCGAAGCGAUGCCCUGCGAGUAGAUGCCAUGGUGAACAAGGAAGAACCGCCUAUCGACCAAGCGCUGAUGGAUGCGUUAAGCGGGCCAGCUCGACCACCGAGCAACCCACCUUCAUCACCGCCUUUGAAUGCUCAGCCAUGGCCACGAGCAAGUGUUCCGCCAACCCGGGAGUCAGAAGAGUCGCUGCGUCGUCGGGAUCCUCUGCAGAAGAUUAGGGAACUUUUGGAUAAGAAGGCCCGCGAGCGUGGUCGAGAACCGCCGGACCAUUCGAGCUAUGUUCGGCCUCCUGUAUUUCCUAAUCGACCAAACCCUCAGCCUCCAAGUGGGCAAGACCGAGGCGAGGUGGCAGCUUACGAUCCAACACGACCAUCUACGGGACUAUACGAUUCGCUACCUGGUGGUUCGUACUCAUAUGCAUCUCGGCGAGAGUCGCACGAGCAGGCAACUCCGCACUGGGAGCAUGAUAGGCGGAUGAGUGGGUCUCAACUAACUCAACAUUCAGCAGCGUCUCCGUACCAAAGUCAUGCCGCACACUCCCACUAUGGUGAGCACAGCAGGUCAGGGCCAACUCCACCAACACACCAGAGUCCCUAUGCUCCACCUCCUAACUCGUUACCACUGCCACCGAAACCACCCGGACCCCCGCCCGCCAUCAACUACCGCUUUGCACACUAUGACCCUGCCCCACCUCGACCAUAUCCACCACAAUCGCCAAGUUACCCGCCUUCUUCUUCUCACCCGCCACAGAGUGCCGCUCAACCGCAAUAUCCGAACCCAUACGGCAACGCACCAUCCUAUCAAGGUGGUUACAUUCCACCUCCAGGAUCCUUCCAAGCACCACCACCUCCCCCAUCAAGCAUGACCUCAUACCAACCCCUCAAGAUUCAUCAAUAUGGAGGCCAGCCCAUUCUCCCCGCCAACAUGGCACCACCUCCACCCCAACACAACGGACCACCACCGCCCACCCUACCUUUUAUCGGCCAAGGCGCACCUCCACCCCCACCAACUCACGCCUCAUCCCAAUCACAAGGCUCGCAACAAGCCUACUCCCCAACGCAUCCCCACCCACCUCCUCUCCAAUACGAACAGCAGCCGCGAGAAACUCAGCAACAAAAUGGUACCGCCGCAGAGCGUUCGUCUGAUUCGCAAUCCAGACCCAGACGGCCCUAUCGAAGUUACCACGCCCCCGGCACGCAGUUUAGAAGUUAUCAGGGUCCAGGUGAGCAGAGGAGGAGAGGUGGAUAA